CCCCCACACCGCGCACAACAUUCUUCACCUUGCCAUCCAGCUCCCUCUGCAACUGCUUCUCGCUUCGAUCAGGUCCUGCUAGCAUCCCUAUCUUCCAAGCUAGCGCAUAGCUCCGAGUCGAGCAGACAGAGCACAGCGAGCAAGAUCAGCAACUCUACAGCAGACGACAUCAUGCCGGUGUCCGCAUUGAAGGAGAGCGACUUGCUGAACCGCAAGGGGUCCUUCUCGGAGGAGGGCGUCCUGGGCCUGAAGAAGAUGGCGUUGACGGCGGAGGGAGAGGAGAACGAGUUCAAGGGGUGCCUGGAGGUGUCCGAGAUGCGAAGAAAAGAGAUCGAGGGCACCCUCAAGCCCGAGCCGCUCCUCAUCGAAAACCCGGGACGCUUCGUGCUCUUCCCUAUCCAGGAUAACGAGGUGUGGCAGAUGUACAAGAAGGCGGAGGCGUGCUUCUGGACGGCGGAGGAGCUAGACCUCGCGCACGACCACAAGGACUGGGAGGGGCUGACGGACGACGAGAGACACUUCGUCAAGCACGUCCUCGCCUUCUUCGCGGCUAGCGACGGCAUCGUUAACGAGAACUUGGCAAGCAACUUCAGCAGCGAGAUCCAGCUCUCGGAGGCCCGCUGCUUCUACGGCUUCCAGAUUGCCAUCGAGAACAUCCACAGCGAGGUGUACAGCCUUCUAAUCGACACGUACGUCAAGGACGCCGCGGAGAAGACGCACCUGUUCAACGCUAUGGAGACGGUCCCCUGCGUGCGACGGAAGGCGCGGUGGGCUUUGAGGUGGUGCGACCCGAAGCUGGCCUCGUACGCUGAACGGCUGGUGGCGUUCGCGGCGGUAGAGGGCAUCUUCUUUUCCGGAAGUUUCUGCGCCGUGUUCUGGCUCAAGAAGCGAGGGCUGAUGCCAGGGCUUUGCUUCUCGAACGAGCUCAUCAGCCGAGACGAGGGGCUCCACACCGACUUCGCCUGCCUGUUGUUCAGAAAACUGGUCAACAAACUCCCCGUCGAGAGGGUGGCGGAGAUCAUUUGCGACGCGGUGGACAUCGAGAAGGAGUUCAUCACCUCCGCUUUGCCCGUGGAGCUGAUUGGCAUGAACAGCGCGCUCAUGCGACAGUACAUCGAGUUCUGCGCCGACCGGCUGCUGAUGGAGCUUGGCUGCGAGAAGAAGUACAACUCGACCAACCCGUUCGACUGGAUGGAGAUGAUCUCGCUCCAGGGGAAGACCAACUUCUUCGAGAAGAGAGUCGGGGAGUACAGCAAGUCAGGCGUAGGAGUCGACGCUGCGGAUCAGGAGUUCACCCUGGAGGCAGACUUUUAAGAGUGGGAAACACGUUUGGUUGUAUCGUCUACUGCUCCGUAGCGUACCAUGUGUAGUGUGUUUUCACGUUAGACACGAACGUUUUUGUACUUUCUCUGCAACACUUUCUGUGUCCCCCAUGUCGUCCUUGGGAUUCUUUUGUGAAGGCUUGUUUUUGGGAGAGGGGAAUGAGUAGAAACCGAGAGAUGUGUCGUCGGGCCACACAUGAAAAUAGAAAACCGAGUCUGUCUCCUACUGCUGUGCAGCAGUACCCAGUGGUCUGUUGCGGGAAGUGAGACGCUACAGGAGUCUUGUAUACAACCAACAUCUGGCAGCAUUGAGAGAUAAAGCAACCAUUAUCUUGGCGCAUGGUCCUUCCCCCAACUGUCCCGCGUUCUUCGGCGCCAGUACAGAAUGAUUGGUAACUCUUGGGGUGUGCUUAUUCGAAACCGAAACUGAACCGUACGUGAGCUCGAUGUUGACGAGACCUGUCUCUGCCGGUGUUGACGGGACCUGUCUUGAGCGUUUUCUUCGGAACGAAGGAGGAUCGAUUCGGUAUCGCCUCCGUGCCACAUGAUGACGUGUUGGUGAUGAAUGUUGUGUUCGAUGAGGUUUGGGGAGCACGUUGUGCUGCCUGAGUGUCGUGGUGCAGAUGCUCCCAUCCACUAUUGUCGUCCCGUGGGCACCACUUGCGUACAAUACCACGCGCACGAGGAUUUAUUUUUUGUUGUUGCUGCUGUGAUGUUGGCGCACGUCUAUUUUCUUGUUUUUCGCGGAAGGUAUGUGGCUAGAUAUCUAGGAUGACACGUGCGUUGUCUACUACAACGCAAGUGCGGUGCGAUUGGGCCUGUGUUGGAACGGUGGAGAGGAUGGGCGAAAGCGGAGAAAGACAGGCCUGAUGUCUCUCAAAUUGUGUACCUGUUUCUAAUAAAGUCUGUUGUUGGUUCAUCGCCUUGGCCGAAUAUUUUUCGAUGCAGCUAAGCGUCAGUUUUGAGUGGGUUUUGAGAAAAGGAGGGAAAGUUAAUAGUGUAAAAAAAGGA